AUGCCAGAAGCGAUGACAAAGCGCAACAUCCUCAUCGUGGGAGCCGGACUUGGCGGUCUGGCAGCAGCACUCGCCCUCCAGACCGAUGGACACACAGUCACCAUCGUUGACGCGGCCCCAGAGUUCGCCGAGGCCGGCGCUGGUAUCCGGCUACCCCCCAACAGCUCGCGUUUACUCCUCAGAUGGGGCGUCGACGUGAACAAGAUGGAGAAGUCCGUGUCGAAGCGAUAUCACUUCUUGCGGUGGGAGGAUGGUUCGACCAUUGUCAAACUGCCAUUCGACAACAUCGUCGAGACUCACGGCGCUCCUUACUACUUGGUGCACCGAGCUGAUUUGCACGCUGGUUUGAUGGAAGCGGCGCAGAAAGCUGGUGUCGCGAUCCACGCGAAGCAACGAAUCGUCAGCUACGACUUCGAUGCGCCGAGUGCCACGACAACAGAUGGCACGGUAUGGAAGGCCGACUUGAUUGUUGCUGCUGACGGAAUCAAAUCGCUCGCUCGACCUCUGCUUACCGGACAACCUGACAUCCCUCGCGACACUGGUGAUGUUGCCUACCGAAUUUUGAUCCCAGGUGAACUUCUUCUCAAGGACCCAGACUUGGCGCCUCUGAUCACCGACCCUUGCACUACUUCCUGGUGCGGACCCGAUGCUCAUCUGGUGGGCUACCCGAUCCGAGACGGCGAGCUGUACAACAUUGUGGUGUGUGCAACUUCUUACAACGAGACCAGCGACGAAGUCUGGGUUGUCAAGGGCGACACCACCGAGUUCUACAACCGCUUCCAGACAUGGGAACCAAGGGUCCAGAAGCUAUGCAAGUUGACGGGCGAAUUCAUGAAAUGGCGACUAUGCGAUCUGCCUAUCUUGAGCCGUUGGGUCCAUCCAUCCGGCAAGGUCUGUCUGUUGGGAGACUCCUGCCAUCCAAUGCUGCCGUACCUGGCACAAGGCGCGGCUCAAGCAGUCGAGGACGCUGCCGUCUUGCGCCAAUGCCUGGCCUCUCCAGAUUUCAAGACCCUGGGCGACGCACUUAAAAAAUACGAAUCGAUCAGAUUGCCCAGAGCGUCGUUGGUGCAACAGAAGACGCGCGAGCACCAGUAUAUCCUUCAUAUCGAUGAUGGCGAGGAGCAGAAGCAGCGAGACAGCAAAAUGGUGGUUAACGGUGAGGAGAACCCUGUCUUCUGGGGAUAUGAUGACAGGAGGAAGUGGUUGUUCAGCCACGAUGCGGAAAUCAUUAGUGCUGAAGGUGCAAACUGGAACACGUCGAGUGCAAGCCCGCAGACAGGACGGGGAGAUCUGAACAAAGUAGGGGAUAUGAAGGUCUCCGUUGCCGCCGUCGCGGCUCAUUGA